CAAAUAGACAGUUUUUACGCUAAAGGCCAAAAUAAUCGGGAUGAAAUACCAUUUCUGGUGAACAUCACCCGAGAAGUGCCCUAUAAGUACGCGGUUGUGCUGUUUGGCUAUAUUAUGCCAUUCCUGCUAAUCAUCACAAUAAUCGCCAACACAUUGAUUGUGAUAGUGUUGGCGCAAAACCAUAUGCGAACGCCCACUAAUCUGGUGCUGUUAGCCAUGGCCAUUGCCGACCUGUUGACGCUACUGUUCCCGGCACCUUGGUACUUCUACAUGUACACGUUCGGCAAUCACGACAAGGUCCUCUACCCUCCCAGUGCCUGUUAUGCCUACCAUAUUAUGAUCGAAGUGUUGCCCGCAUUCUUCCACACGGCCUCCAUUUGGCUGACACUACUUCUCGCCGGACAGAGGUAUAUAUAUGUGUGUCAUUUGACAACAUCCAGGACAUGGUGUACAGUUCCCCGCGUAUGUAAAGCAAUGGUAUUAAUAUUUAUAAUGGCUUUUUGCCACCAAAGCACCCGAUUUGCCGACAGAGACUUCACGACCGUUGAGUUCGUUUGGAAUAACACUCGACGAACGGGCUGUCAGUUUGAGACCGCGAAAUGGGUGAGAGAAAGUUUAGGCGAAGACAUGUAUUACAUACUGUACUACGGCUUUCGCAUAGUGUUUGUACACAUCGGUCCCUGUGCUCUGUUAGUGCUGUUAAAUGUAUUACUGUUUCGGGCGCUAAAGAAAGCGCAACGAAAACGCGAGAAACUGUUUAACGAAAACCGAAAGUCUGAAUGCAUUAAACUCCGGGACUCCAACUCCACCACAAUUAUGCUGAUAGUGAUCGUAACGGUGUUCCUAAUGCUGGAGAUCCCGCUGGCGGUCACCACACUAUUACAUGUGAUGCAAAACGCCAUGGCCAUCGAGAUAGCAGAGUACGACUCGCUUAAUACCACUGUCCUGUUCACCAACUUCUUCAUCAUACUCUCCUAUCCCAUCAAUUUUGCCAUUUAUUGCGGAAUGUCUAAGCAGUUUAGGCAGACCUUCGCCGACCUCUUUCUCUACAACAACUACACGGCGUCCGUAUCGCACAGGGAGUGCUCGUCCAGGUAUUCGGCGGUCAACGGCCCCCGCACUUCAACCAAUGAAACCAUACUUUGAAUUCAUUAACAAAUACCGUUUAAAAUGACUGUAAUUUCU